UGAAAGCAGACGCUCUAGCAGACAGCAAGUCGGAGCAGAACGUUCCCAGAGAAACAAGUGGUUUAGGGAAACAUUGGCCUAAAAGACGCAUUUUAUCAUCGAACAUGUCUAUCGCCAUGCGGAAAAUGAGUCAGCAGUUCCUGAGUGGAGUUUCUGUCAGCAAAAUGGAUUUCGCAGAAGUUAUUUACGAUCUUGCAAAUUCAUUCUUUGGUGAAUCUAAUCAAGAUACUUUACUUUCUCUUACUGUUGAUCAUCCCCUAGUAGCAGAGUACCCUUUAAAAGUUGAAUAUCAACAAAGCUUUAUGCGGAAACUUGUAAAGGAGCUUGAAGCGAGAGGAGCUGAAAUUUCAGGCCAUAUUUAUGAACGCCUUGUGCAGCUUAUUCAAACUAGGAAUGGAGAAAAAGUUUUUCGGCAUUUCAUGCUUGAUAAUGGAUCAGUCAUUUCAGUCAGAGAAAGUAUAAGCAUAGUAUCAAACGGUACUACAGGCCUUUACAUUUGGCAGGCUGCACACGUUUUGAUAAACUGGUGCUUUAAAAAUAAUGAUAUGUUAAAAAACUCCACUGUUCUUGAACUUGGAAGUGGUGUUGGGCUGUGUGGUAUUGCUGUAAGUCUUUUAUGUAACCCUUUGCGGUACAUAUUUUCGGACUGUCAUCCUGCUGUUAUGAAUGCCUUGGUGGAGAAUAUUAAAAUUAAUUCAGGAAUAGAAGGUUCUAAUGACGAUGCAAGCCUUGACUUACCUCCACUAAAUGAUAGAAUUAUGUGGUCUGGCAAAUUAAGUGACAGCAAUAUAGCCAUAGCCCAUCUUCCUUGGGAAGACAUUGUUGAACAACAGCUUGCACCUGCACUUGCUCCAAACUAUGUGAUUGCUUCUGAUGUGGUGUAUGAUCCUGGUCUAUUUGACCCAUUAGCCAAAACUGUGAAAGAAUUCACUACCAUAGGGAGCCAAGUUAUUCUAGCAUGCACAGAAAGAAAUUCUGGAACAUUACAAGAGUUUCUCAAAAAAUUGGAUUCUCUGUCACUGAAAGUGCAGGAAGAUGCCAUGCCUGAGGCCAGUAUUAUUCCUGUCUGUAAUGACUGGAUUGUGAAAAUCUAUAGGAUUACAAACAAUUAUUAAUUUUAAAAAUUUCAUUCCAAAAAUCUUUGGCGUUUUUAAUUUUAUUAAUUCUAUUUUAAUAAGAAAUUCUUAUGUACCUGGUUCUUCUAAUUCAUGAAAUUACACUAAGCUAUUCUCUGAA